AUGAAGAUGAUUCGAAAGAUUGAACAGCCUGAAGCUAAAUUCGAUCUUUAUUUUAUGGGUUACGAUUCACCAAAAGCUCUCUCCCAUGGAAAUCAUUUCAGUGAUCGAGAAGGAUUAAUCGAAUUGACACAUAAUUAUGGGACAGAGCAUGAUGUCGACUAUAAAGUUUCAAAUGGAAAUACUGAACCUCAUAAAGGUUUUGGGCACACUUGCAUAUCUGUUGAUAAUCUUCAAGCAGCUUGUCAAAGAAUUGAGGAUGCUGGUUACACAUUUCAGAAGAAAUUAUCUGAUGGACGUAUGAAGCAUAUUGCUUUUGUAUUGGAUCCAGAUAAUUAUUGGGUUGAGAUUAUCGGGCAAAAUCCUAUCGAAAAAACCGAAGAUGUCAAAACUACAGAUGUUGAGACAUACCGAAUGAACCACACUAUGAUUCGUAUCAAGGAUCAUGAAAAAUCAUUGAAGUUUUACCAGGAAGUAAUGGGGAUGUCACUCGUGAGAACAGCUGAAAUGCCAGGUGCUAAUUUUAACCUUUACUUCCUCGGUUACCCUGGAGAAAAAGGUCUUCUUACAUCAUCGACAGCCCAUCGUGAAGGUUUAUUAGAAUUGACAUGGAAUUAUGGUACUGAAAAGCAGGAAGAUUUCAAAUAUCAUAAUGGUAACGAUGAACCACAAGGUUUUGGUCACAUCUGUGUAUCAGUUGAUGAUUUGGAUGCAGCAUGUCAGAGGUUUGAUGAAAUGGGAGUUAAUUGGAAGAAGAGAUUGACUGACGGCCCGUAUGAAAAAUGUGGCAUUCAUUCUUGA